AUGGAUGACAUCUACAAGGCUGCGGUAGAGCAACUGACAGAAGAACAGAAAAAUGAGUUCAAGGCAGCCUUUGACAUCUUUGUGCUGGGCGCCGAGGACGGCUGCAUCAGCACCAAGGAGCUGGGCAAGGUGAUGAGGAUGCUGGGCCAGAACCCCACACCAGAGGAGCUGCAGGAGAUGAUCGACGAGGUGGAUGAGGAUGGCAGCGGCACCGUGGACUUUGAUGAGUUCCUGGUCAUGAUGGUUCGGUGCAUGAAGGACGACAGCAAAGGAAAGUCUGAGGAGGAGCUGUCUGACCUCUUCCGUAUGUUUGACAAAAAUGCUGAUGGCUACAUCGACCUGGAGGAGCUGAAGAUAAUGCUGCAGGCUACAGGUGAGACCAUCACAGAGGACGACAUCGAGGAGCUCAUGAAGGAUGGCGACAAGAACAACGAUGGCCGCAUCGACUACGAUGAGUUCCUGGAGUUCAUGAAGGGCGUGGAGUAGACUUUGACCUUCACGAAGAGCUGCUCAUGCCCACCCUCUGACUCCAGCCAGGCCCUGGGGUGGGGGCUGGGGGCUGGAGUCCAGAGGACCUGAGCCUGGGUGUGCCCUCCACCCCUGGCCCUCGCUGACUCCCUCUCCCAGCCCUGUCCUGGGGAAUGCAAAUAAAGCCUUGCUCCCUGGA